AUGGCUAAGAAUCCCAGCUCACUGCCUGCUUCAGCACAGAGGAGUGAGCAGGUGCUGCAGAGCAGCCUGAGGGGACAAAGGCCAGCGGCCGGCAGCCUCGAGCUGAAAGAGAUGAGGAAAAAGCUGGGUGAGCGAAGGUCCGGCCUGAUGGAGGUGUCUAAUGUGGAGGAGUGUGAUGUCAUCAUGGGCUUCUGUCCUGUUGUUUCUCGGGCUGGAACUGAUAUUGAAGUAGCGCUGAAAAAAAUUCAGGAUUUAUCAGACACCAAGCCUGUUGCUCUAGUGGUUCUCCAUCACACCUUUGACCCAGAGUUCAUGGUACCAGACAGCAGCGUGAGUGUAAACAGAGAGAACACUCUCACUGUGGACUGUCUGUUCCACGAGGAUAAGGGACUACUGAGAUGCCCGAGGAAUCAGGAAGCAGUGGAUGAAGUUCGAAAGUGGAUAAAACUCCCGGUAAAACCCCCAAAAUCAAACGAGUCAGCAGCACCUGCAGAACUGACUGAUGAACAACAAGCAGACGAGGAAUUCAUGACCAAAAAGAAACCCCAGACUUUAUUUCAGAGGUUUAUCUCAUGGCUUUGCUGCUGUUCGUCAGCUUCAUCCAAAUCACACCCCACAGCUCCCGACCCCAAGUCAGUGACAGUAAUUUAUGACCCAUUAGCAGACGAGCCAGCAGCACGUGCAGAGCUGACAGCCGCACAACGAGCGGACGAGGAAUUCAUGAGCAAAGUGAACAAACAGGUACCAGACAGCAGCAGAGGAGUGAACAGAGAGAACACUCUCGCUGUGGACUGUCUGUACCAUGAGGAUAAGGGAAUGCUGCAGUGCCAGAGCAAUCGGGAAGCUCUGGAUAAAGUGAAGGCAUGUGCUGAACUGAGAGCAGUAGACCUGGCAGCUCGUGCAGAUUUAACAGAAAGCAACAAACAGCUUGAGCUUCAGGAGAUGAACACCCUGGCCUGCACAGACAGAGAGGAGGAAACUGAAAGCGAAGUGGAAACAGCAGGAAAGGAGUUGGACUACAGCUCACAACCACAGUACACGCAUGACGAGCUUCAGAAGCCCACCUGGGAUGAUCUGAGUUAUCUGGACUCAGAAUGUGAGGAGGCCGUUGUUUAG